UCACUCACAAACGCUUCUACUCAUUCUUUGCUGGUCUAAAGAGAAUCUUCAGACUCGCCGAAUCGACAUGGCGGACGGCGACGGCGACGGCGACGACGAUGGCGAAUCGGUGGACAAAACCACGUCCAUGAAGACUGUGUCUCGGCAUUUCUUCGGCGACGGACCUGACGAACCGGCCUUCUCCAUCUCGAUUAUCGAGAACAUGAAAGAAGACUACGGACUAUUCGUAUGGCCGUGCAGUGUCGUUCUCGCCGAGUACGUCUGGCAACAGAGAUCGCGAUUCGUUGGAGCCAACGUUGUCGAGCUUGGUGCUGGAACUUCUCUGCCUGGGUUGGUUGCUGCGAGAUUGGGUUGCGAUGUUACGCUUACAGAUGAUGCCAUCAGAUUGGAGGUGCUGGACAACAUGAAAAAAGUAUCUCAACUGAACAACUUAAGUUGUAAAGUGAUGGGGCUCAGUUGGGGAGUUUGGGAUGAACCCAUCUUCAGUUUAUACCCUCAGUUUAUACUCGGAGCAGAUGUUUUGUAUGAGACAAGUGCUUUCGACGAUCUCUUUGCUACGGUUUCGUUCCUUCUCCAAAAUUCUCCAGGGUCAGUCUUCAUUACUACUUAUCAUAAUCGAAGCGGGCAUCAUCUCAUCGAGUUCUUGAUGGUAAAAUGGGGGUUGAAGUGCAGAAAACUGCUUGAUGGCUUUUCAAUCAUGCCAUCCAGCAAAGCAUCUAAAAUUAGUGGCAGCAUCCAGUUGGCGGAGAUAGCCUUGAAUAUGGAUAAGGCAUAGGCAACCGGUGUUAUCAACUAAGCAUGAUUCUUGGAAGAGACUGGAGAAUGAGCAGAAUGAGUUUCCUGACAGCAUCUCAUAUGUUUCCGGAUGUAUCUACACAUUGCUGCUCUGGCUUCCAUCCUCUCCUCCAACAUAAUCAUGGUUGGAGCUUUUGGUCUCUAGGUAUCAUCGACUUCUCUUGGCAAGAAAGUGCUGCUCAUUAUUUUCCCCAUAAAAUGCUUGUAAGCCGUUAGAUUCUAGCAAAGAACAGCAGUGGGCUUAUGAUUGGAGCAUGAUCAUAUUGCAUGUCGAGUCUUUUCGUUGAUGUCUUCUUUCUCUCCGAUGGACGAAAAGCAUAAGUGCGAAGAUAUGGAGCUUGAUGUGGUAUAUAAGAUGAGAGAUUUGAUAUACAGCUUUUGAGAAAAUAUGUCCAGCAGUAAAAAGGGAUUGAGAAAGUCCCAAGCAGUUGUCAAAUUGGCCCAAUGUGCAAUCAUGUUGGAGAGAUUUAAUGCUGCAUCAGUUACUGGCGUGCCAUGUCAGCAGAAUUGGCUGAGUGAUCACCAAACGGAUUCAAUUGCACUUUUUCAAAUGUUUAAGACUUGAUGGCAUAUUGGUCCAAACGUUUAGGAGGAGACUUGGUUCAAUUUUGCCUGAUUUUUAUAAGCCUUUUUCCUGAAGUUAGGUCCCUUAAGCAUCAUUUCGUCUUGUAUUGUCUGAGAUAUAUAUUCUUCAUUCCUCCUCUGCCAUAAGUUUUGAGGCUCAUUUGCAGUGAGUUUCUGUUCUCGUAAUGUAAGCCAACCCAAGUUUGUUCCGGCUCUUGGUUUGUAAUGGUCUAGACCUUGGCUUCAUAUUAUAUCUACCGCAGACAUUUCUAUUU